GGAGAUGUGGAUAAGAGACAGGCCUCAGUUUCCACAUCUGUACCAUAAGAGGCUUGAGUCAGAGCAGUGGUUUCAAAGGAGGGUGAUACCUUGACACUAGGGCAGCCGAGGCCUCCCCCUUAAACAUGGCAGCCUGUAUUUGGGUUACAUAUUGGACUUCCAUUGAGAUUUUAUGUGAAGAACGUAUUCUUUAGCUGCAACAUUAGAAUUCCAGUGGCCUUCUUGCUUUUUUUUAAUGAUUCUGAAGUCCAUCAUUCCCUCCUAAGUAUUGUUUGACGGACUGUAGGAAGGAUGUUGAAAGCUGUUUUGUCGACAGUUUGACAGUGCUACCCUCUUGUUGUUGCUUUUGACAGGUGAUAGAUACUUGGGUCUUUAGAUCUUUUCCUUCCAUGAUGUCUUCUGUUCAGCCCUUUUCUACUCUUUCUGUGGAUUUUGUGUAGAAUUCUCCAAGAAUUGGCUUUGGUAUUCUUUUCCCUGGGAAUGAACCCUACAAAAUUCAAGCUGUUCAAGCCAUUGUGGUGACUGGCACUGACUUGAGCUGCGCAUUUGGCAUUUUCCAUUCUAAUCUCUUUCCUUCCCAGGAACUCUUGCAGAAAAGUCAGAUUUUAGGCUGUAGCCUGUGGAAUUUAAUUCAGUGCUUUCCCUCUUGACAUUAGAUCACAACUGGGAUCCGUAUUCUGUAGGUUGUGAGAUAAGUCAGCAAGGAUCUUAGGAAUCAAAAAUCAGGCACUCUUUUCUUGACUCUACCAUGAACUAAAUGUGACCUUGGGUAAGUCACUGACAUUCUCUAGGCCUCAGUUUACACAUUUGCACAAUGAGGAAAUUGGACUAGAAGAUUUCUUAGGAGUUCUUUUUGUUCUAACCUUCAAAGACUCCAUGUGAUGUAAGUUACUUUCUCCUCUGACAGUGGCAAUUGUAUUAUUAAAAAAGGAAGAGGAAGAGUCCUGGCCCAUCUGUGGAUCUCCAUUGUCCCAUGAUUAAACAUGGGGAGGGCAUGAGACCCCAUCCCAUUUUACCAAGUUGGGGUAGUGGUUGAGGGGAGUUGGUAAAUAAUUUGUUGGGUGCCUUGACGGGAAGGGUAUCCUUAAUGAGGCUGACUAGCAUUGUCACGCCUUUCUCCCCCCAGCCAGUUCUGGGGACAUGUUAACUUUUGGUGGUAGGUUGGUCCCUUCUUGCACAGGAAACAGUGACCUGUUUUUCAUGUGCCUAUAUUUCAUGUUAACUCUUCUUGCUCCAAUUGAAACACAGGGUUCAGAGCAUUGGGUAUUUAUAGAAAGAGAGUACACUAGGCCAGAAGAACUCAGUCUCCUAAAAGCGGCCACCACGCAGCAGGAAGAAAGUAAGGCAGGCCUCACAAAUAUCCUUGCUGAUGGCAGACUCUCCAAGGUAAACAUCCUGGUGGACAAGUUCAAAGUUGAAGUGGCCACAGAAGAAAUGGUGGGAGUCAGAAGAGCAAAGACCCAGCAACAAGGAAGGAUGAUUGCAAGCCCUGAAGACUUCGAGUCAGUGUGGGAGGAAGGCCCCUGGGUCAGGGAAGGCCCAGGAGGGCCUUCUCUGGCUGCAGGCUGCACACUGGCAGAAAAUCUCCUUGAGGGCUCCCAGUUGAGGGUGGGCACUGGGGAGGCGACCAUCAAGAAGCGCUGGAUCUCAGGUGGUCAGCUGGAGGGCCAGAUGGAACUGAGGAAGGAGCUGGAGGAGAUCCCGAUUUGUGGAAGAUCUGCUGCGUCAGGGGCCAGGCCAGCAGAGGCCGAGAUCCCCUCUCCAGCCUCCGACAAGGGAGGACUCCAGUCGUUUCUAUUGGACCCAGCCCAGUCAGAAGCCAGAGCCGACUCGAGUGAUGAAACUGAACCUUCCUUUGCAGAGCAGAGCUUCUACUUAAACUAUGGAGAGAAAGAUUCUGAAGACCAAGUCCCCCCUCCACCUCUGGAUGCCCUUCCUGUUGACGAGACCAGGAUAGAGCUCCCAGAGAAGCUCCUAGAGAGCUCUGAGCGGAAUUCCUCAGGCCUACAGGGCUUUGCUGCAGCUUCCAGCAGGGAUGAGGAUGAAGAGAGUGAAGCCCACACAGCCUCCUUAGAGGAAGGGGCAGGGAUCCGUGGGAGCCACAGAAGACCAGAUGGCCUGGAGGUCUUUGUUGAGCAGCUUGGUAAGGGACCUUCUCCAGGGCAGACAUUUGCUGAGGACUGGGAAGAAGCUGGGCGGGGGGUGGAAAGAGAAUUUAGCCACCCAGCAUCCAACAUAGGCACAGAGGAAGAGACCCCCAAGAGUGGAGAUUUGACGGAAGAGGCUGAGAAAAACAUCCCAGCAGGAUGGAAGAACCACUCACCUCACAGAGGAGGAGGCAUGCGCCCAGACCUCCCAGCCUGCAUCGUUCCGCGGUCCAUCCCUCCUAAUGAUGUCAGGAAGCCAGCCAAACCAGACAGAGGCAGCUUCCUGCCCCAAGACAGGGGACUGGUUCACACGCAAACAGGAGACCCUGCGACGGAGGACAGCAAGGCCUCAGCAUUUCUUCAGAUGGAGGUGAUCACCCCCGUCCCAGCCUUCCCUGGUCCCUUUCAGGCUCAGGCAGCUCCAGAGGAAACUUCUCCAAGCCCAGUCCCUCGUGGAUCAGGGGAGCCUCCACACCUUGGGGAUCCUUUUGGAGAACAGUCCCCUGCUUUUCUCAAACAUGCCCAUCCUUUUAAAGAGAGCCCGGAGCCUAAGGACCACGUAGGACUGUUCAUGACCCUGGACAGAGGAGAGCGCAGGGCACCUCCCAUUGCCAGCAGAAAGCCCAGAGUUGUCUCUGAAGAAGCUGAGGGAGCUGUACCCCUGGCUUUGGUGUUCCCUCCAGGGAAGCAAAGGGAGAUGACCUCUUUCCAGGCUGGGGGCCGAGAGGGCUCCCUGGAAGAUAUUAGCAAGACCUCAGUGGCCAAUAAAAUUCGGAUCUUUGAGACCCAUGGAGCUGAAACUCGCCGAGUGAGUCAAGGCGAAACCAGGGCCCUAAUAAACGAGUUGUCUCCAGAGACCUCCAUGGGUCAGGUAGAGCAACAGCGGAAUAAGCUUUUGGAUCUGGGCUUCGUCCAGCUCCAGUCCCCAGGGGACUUUGCUGGCCCCAAAGCCAGCCAUUCCUCAGUGAUGCCACUGGCUGCCAGACACUUCAGGGAGGGCAUUUCUACCACAUCCCAACAGGAAGGAUGCACAGAACUCGAGCUCGUGUCCCCUGAUUCAGGCUGUGAAACUGCGCUGGAGGUAGCCACUGGGGGAACUGGCCACGUGAGCCCCUGCCCCCACCGCUGCCCCCGAGCUGGGGGAGUAGACCGCAUGCUGCGUAGCUCCGUAGUAGCAUGUUUCAGUGGCCCCUCAUCAUUACUGCGAUCAGAGGCUGCUUGUCCAUUCCUAUGAGUUCUUUCCCCUAAACCAGCCUGAGAGUAGCCCAGGUGGAAUGAUGGGUUCAUCUGGUUGGCCUGCCACAGAGACCCUCGGCUUGUGGUGUGACCUGGUGCCCAGAGGGUCACACAGCCCCAGUGGAGAAGGUUGGCACCACCACCAGCAAACUACACACUUGCUUUGCCUUGCUGCCCCCACCUGCUGGGCUCCUACCUGUUUUGCUUGGCUUGUCCAACGAUCUUCCUUCACCCUUUCCCUUCCCUGGCUCUCCUGCCUUGGGGAAGCUGACAGUCCAGAGGUUUCCAUCCUUCACUUCUGGUUCCCUCUUGGUCCCACUGCCAAGUUCCUUUCUGCCUCCUUAAGACUAACUAUCUUCUCU